AUGAAAAUUGUAAAUGCUCCAAGAGGGGGAAAAACUGUUUUUGCUAUAUCCCUUUUUCCAUACAAAUGUUCAUGCGAUAUUAUUAAAACUUUCCUUACCCGUGCAACUUCAUUAUUUUAUAAAAACUGUAAGAGAAAAUUUUCUCUGAUAAAUGCACAAGAUAAUAUAGUGGUAAAAGGACUGAAUGAAAAGAACGAGUCAGUAUAUGUUAGGCAUGAAAAAGAAAUAAAAGAAGUGAGAGAAUUAUUUAUUGCUGAUGAAUCGAGUGAGUGUAGUAGCACAAAAAGUGUAUAUGAUCAUAGAAAUAACAACACCAGGGAAGAAGUGAAAGAAAAGCUACUUACAGAAAACUUGAAAAAAUACAAUUUAUUUAAUAUUUACCUUGAUAAAAUAAGAAAACCAGCAAGAACCAAAAAAAGGAAAAUAAUUAAUAUAAAUAGUGUAAAACAUUUUGAUGACUGUAUUUAUCUGUUCAAUCUAAGUUCGUUACUUAUUUAUACGAAGAAUAAGUAUGUAUUAUAUAAAAGGAAAAAGUGCGUGCAUCCAAGUGAUGAUUAUUUUAUCAAUUUUUUUAAAAUAUUUGUUCAACUAAAUAUAAUAUUAAAUAAUUUUUUUUGCAAUAAAAAUGAAAUAAAAUGUAAUGAAUGGUUUACACACACAUUUCAACCAUAUUUAAAUAACAUUCCUUUUGUCAAAAACAGUAUAGUAGAAGAGAAAUAUAAUGAAGAUUUUUAUUUAAAAAUUUUACAAAUAAUUAAGAUAAUUAACCAGAUCAAAUUUUUUAAGAUAUUAAAAAAUAUAAAUAUUGACAAUUUACAAAAUUGUUUGAAAAGACCGAAUGAAAGAAGUCAACUGCUUAUUUGGAAGAAGAAGGAAGAAAAUUUUUUUCCAAAUGAACAUAAGAAUGAAUUAUUUUAUGAAUAUAUGAGGAGUACUCAUGAUGAAGAAGAAUAUAAUAUGAAAACUGAUUUAAAUUUUGUAAAUAGGUUAAAGAUAUUUGAUGAUAACUUUGGUGUAUUACAUGGUAUAGAAAAUUAUUUUAAUUAUUCUUCAUAUAAGGAGGAUCAAGAUAAAAAAAAAAUAAAAAAAAAAAAUGAAUCAUUUUUGAAUGAAGAGGAAAAAAAUGCUCAUUAUUACCAUGUAGACAUACCAACGGAGAAUGUAAACAGUUGUCUUUAUAAUUAUUUUAAUAAAGAUCAAAAUGUAGCAAAAUGUACGGAGAUGUACAGGAAUAAAGAUGCUUUCACCAACUGUGAACAAGCACAUAAUAAGAACAAAAAUGAUGAUAAUUCCAACUGCUACCUUAGUUUAGUAAGAGGAUAUAGCUAUAUAUUAAAAAAUUUAAUAAAAUAUUUAAAUGAUGAUUGUUUGGUAAGAUUAUUUGUAUAUUGUGCUACAAUGUAUGAUAAAAAAUAUCAUCAAGAUAAUGAGAUAUUAUUAUUUUAUAAAGAAAUGUAUGAAAAAAUUAAAAAAAUGAAAAAUAUUACGAACAAAAACCUUGCUUACAUAUUAAAUGCAUGCAACUAUUACAUAAAGGAAGAAAAUGUACUCCUUAUAAAGAAUUUACAAAAACAAAUAUUAUUUAGCACUACUUAUGUAAAGAAUAAUAAUAAAAAAAAGUUGAAUAUAUACAACAUAGCUCCAUCGCAUUUAGAAAAUAUCAUAUACACAUUUUCAAAAAAUAAAAUUAGACAAAAAGAAAUAUUUAUUUUGUUUAGCGAAAUUGUAAAGGAAAAAUGUAACGGGUUCUCAUGUGUAACAUCUAUAAACAUUUUAAGCAGUUUUACAAUGCUAAAUUAUGAAUCAUUAAUAUUUGAUUUUCUUUAUGAAAAAAUAAAACGUUUUGAUAUCAUUACACUUAUGAUGUGCAAAGGAACCAAUAUUAUUAAACUCGUAAAUACAUUAUUACAAAUUGAGGAGAGAAAUUUCACGAGGUUCAAUAAUAAUUUAAUACCCACCCAAAGGGGUGAUAUAUUACUAUGUAACACGUGCUACUCUGGUAACUGCGAAAAUGAGGACCAUUAUGUAGAAACAGAGAAAGAAAGCGUAUUUCCAACUGUUAAGUACAUUAAAUCAGCAUUAACGGACAGAUCCGUAUAUGUAACCCUUAUCUUAGCAUUACUAUAUGAACUGAAAAUGUUUAAAAGAAAUAACUGUGGUAGUGGAACACAAGAAUAUACGAUUUUGAAUAUUUAUAAAAAACUCCUACGAUUACAAAUUAUUUGUGUGAAAAAUAAAACAGAUUUUUCCUUUUUGAAAAAUAUAUUUAAAAAAAAUUAUAGCAGUUUCAAUAUAACACAAUUCGAUAAAUUUUUUGUGUUUUCAUUUAUUAAUUUAAAUAUGGACAAAAUUAAUUUUCAUAAAUUAAUUUUUACGUUGCUAACGUAUAAUAAUUUAAUUAGUGAAGCAAAUUUUACUAAUAAAUAUACGAAAAAAAAAAUAAAAUUUAUAUAA